AUGGGCGAGGGCGAGGACGAGGCUGAGAGCUCGAGCUCCGGCGCGGCCGCGGUCGAACCCAAGGAUCCGAGAACGAUCGCUCGCAAAUAUCAGCUGGAUCUUUGCAAGAGGGCAGUCGAUGAGAACAUCGUGGUGUACCUUGGAACAGGAUGUGGGAAGACACACAUUGCCGUGUUACUCAUGUAUGAGCUUGGACACCUCAUCCGCAAACCCAGCCGCGAGGUCUGCGUCUUCCUCGCACCGACCAUACCCCUUGUCCGUCAGCAAGCAAUGGUGAUUGCGGAUUCCACUAAUUUUAAAGUUCAACGUUACUAUGGAAGUGGUAAAAACUCUAGAGAUCACCAGGCAUGGGAGAAAGAGAUGCGAGAAUACGAGGUCCUUGUAAUGACUCCCCAAAUAUUAUUGCACAAUUUGCGUCAUUGUUUCAUCAAGAUGGACUUAAUUGCACUUUUGAUAUUUGAUGAAUGCCAUCAUGCACAAGCACAAAAAAGGCAUCCAUAUGCACAAAUUAUGAAGGAAUUCUACAAUAACGCUGAUAAACAUCCUCGUGUUUUUGGCAUGACUGCUUCACCGAUUAUUGGAAAAGGUGGUUCUAACAAGCUUACCUACACUAAAUGUAUCAACAGUCUCGAGGAAUUACUUAAUGCAAAGGUUUGUUCAGUUGAUAAUGUAGAACUUGAAAGUGUGAUUGCUUCUCCUAAGAUUGAAGUGUACUUUUAUGGCCCAGUUGGUCACUCUAACUUGAUUACGACUUACAUCAAUGAGCUUGAUGGCUAUAAGUCUCAGUCUGAAUACAUGUUAAGAGAGAGUGCAUGCAAUUUCAAGGAGUCACAGAAGAAACUGAAGUCGUUAUGGAGGUUGCAUGAAAAUUUGAUUUUCUGUUUGCAAGAAGUUGGUCUCUUUGGAGCUCUCCAAGCUGCAAGGACCUUUCUCUCUCCCAGUAGUGUUAGUCUAGAUGGAAAGGGGGUUGACAUUAAUGACUAUGUAAACAAAGCAACGUCUCUUCUAAGCCGCGGCAUCUUAGAAGGUGCGGAUGCUGAUUCAUUUGACCUAGAGACAAUAGAAGAACCUUUCUUCUCAAAAAAAUUUGCAGUUCUUAUUGACGUUCUAUCGAGAUACAGGCUGGAGGAAAACAUGAAAUGCAUUGUUUUUGUGAAAAGAAUCAUUGUCGCAAGAGUAGUAGCACAUAUUCUCCAAAAUCUGAAGUGCCUUGAUUUUUGGAAAUGUGAGUUUCUUGUGGGAUGCCACUCGGGAUUAAGGAACAUGUCAAGGGACAAGAUGGGUUCUAUCAUUGAAAAGUUCUCUUCGGGUGAGGUGAACCUUUUGGUCGCUACUAGUGUAGGUGAGGAGGGACUUGACAUUCAGACUUGCUGCCUUGUUGUGCGGUUUGAUCUCCCUGAAACUGUUAAUAGCUUUAUCCAGUCAAGGGGACGUGCCCGGAUGAGUAAAUCUAAAUAUGUUUUUCUCCUGGAGAGGGGAAAUCAGUCUCAGGAGAAGUUACUUGAUGAUUAUAUUACUGGUGAAAGCAUUAUGGAUAAAGAGAUUAACUUGAGAACAUCAAAUGAUAUGUUCGAUUGCCUUGAGGAGAACAUCUAUCGAGUCAAUGAUACUGGCGCUUCCAUUAGCACUGCUUGCAGUGUAUCUCUAUUACAUCGCUACUGUGAUAACCUUCCUAGAGAUAUGUUUUUGUUCCUUCCCCAUCAUUCUUCUUUUUUCGAUGAUGACAUUGAUGGAAUAGUUUGCAGACUAAUUCUUCCACCAAAUGCUGCUUUCCGUCAAGUGAAUGAUUUUCUUCUACCUGGCCAAGGCUCUAGAAAGAUGAAGGUAUCAACAACAAAUAUUUCAGAAAGCAACAAAGAUGAGGAUGAAAGUUUUAGGGAAGAGCUUCAUGAGAUGUUAAUCCCUGCAGUUCUGAGACCUUCAAGAUGCAAACUAGAUUGCUCAUUGAAGUUGCAUUUCUAUUACAUAGAAUUUAUUCCCAAACCAGCAGAUAGACGAUAUCAGAUGUUUGGUCUUUUUGUGAUCAAUCGCCUUCCAGAGGAAUCUGAAAAGUUGGAUGUUGAAUUGCAUCUUGCUCAUGCGAGGAUUGUGAAAGCAGGAAUUAAAUAUUUGGGAAAGAUUGAGUUUAACAAAGAAGAGGCACUGUCUUGCUUAUCUGUUCAAAUGCUAAGACACAAUUUUCAGGGAACAUUGCCUGACAUGUCUCUUUUCUUUUAUCUUACAGAUGAUACUACUUUUACAAUUUUCAAGAAAUGUUUUUGA